AACGCUCCCGGUUGAUUGAUGGAUUACUGGACUAGGGGCUGACAUGAGUGUACCUGCCUACCUAGGGUAAUAACCACAGACCUGGAUGAGUUAGAAACCUUAUUGUUUUCUGUACUCUUUCUUGUUGGUGGUGGAUUUCGGGGGUUGCAAACCACUGAUAACAGGUUGGAAAGUCGCUGAGUUGGCCUACCAGCGGGGAAAAGAAGCAAAAAAAAGGAGAGGAAAAAGGAAGAAUGCCGAGUGCCCCUUCAUUCCACCCAAGAUGGGCUUUUGGCAUAUUGAACCAUCACGAAACCAUCCACGUACCAGGAUCUGUGGUUUUGGUCGCCAAAGAUGGCAGCGGCAGCGGCAGCGACUCUCAAUCGACAACAGACGUUGAAUCCAAGGCUCCAGAAACCCCCGCUACUUCGGUUUCCGAAAGGGCCUUGAUUCCCACCACGUCCGCGAAGAAGACGCACCACAACAACAUUAUCCUUCACCCACAGCCGGAAGAUUCACCCAAUGACCCCUUGAACUGGCCAGUAUGGCGCCGAAACAUGGUUCUAUUGUCCGUUGGCCUUUUCUGCAUGAUGGGAGCCGGGCUCACGCCAGUCCUGGCUGCCGGAUUCUCGGACAUCGCCAGCGAUUAUCAGAUCGACGUUGAUCAUGUUCCUCUCACCACAGGCCUGUAUAUGCUUGGAAUGGGAAUUGGGUCCGUCUUUGUGGCUCCCACAGCGUUGCUGUAUGGCAAGCGGCCGGUUUAUCUGGGCGGGGCUGCACUUCUCGUCGUUACCUGCGUUUGGUGUGCGUUGUCGCCCACCUUUGAGUCUUUGGUGCUGGCACGGGUCUUUCAAGGCAUUGCUGUCAGUCCGAUCGAGUGCCUUCCAGGGUCGACCAUCAGCGAGACCUUUUUCCUGCACGAGAAAGCAUUUCGUCUGGGCAUCUACACGCUGCUGCUUAUGAUUGGCAAGAAUUUGUUCCCUUUGGCAAGUGCGGGAAUCAUGCAGGGUCUGGACUGGCAAUGGGUGUUUUGGAUCUCUGCCCUCCUUGCUGCGUUGAUCGGCAUUUUAAUAUUCUUUUUUGCCCCUGAAACCUUUUGGGAGCGAAGGGCCGACCUUCACAACUCCAUGUAUACAGCUGAGCUGCGAAGUCUCCCACGGCGGACCUUUACGCAGGAGCUCCAGCCGUACCACGGUCGACUAAUCCAGGACAGCUGGAUGCAGGUGGCAUGUCGCCCCUUUACACUCUUUUCUUACCCGGCCGUCAUAUGGUCGGCACUAGUUUACGCGUGCUCAGUUGGGUGGCUCGUCGUCAUGUCCGAGUCGGUAGAUGUUAUCUUCAUUGGCGGCGCAUACCAGUUCAAUCAGCUACAGACCGGACUGGUGUACGUUUCGCCACUGAUUGGAGGAAUUCUGGGCACAGCUAUCGCGGGCAAGAUCUCAGAUUGGAUCGUUCCAAAGAUGGCAGCACGGAAUGGUGGCAUGUAUGAGCCCGAGUUCCGACUAAUCAUGAUCGUGCCAGCAUUCAUCACCACUGUCUCCGGUCUGGUCGGCUUCGGCUGGUCGGCGGAAUGGCACGAACACUGGAUGGUACCAGCCACAUUCUUCGGCCUUGUGUCGUUUGGCUGUUCACUAGGUGCCACCACGGCCAUCUCGUUCGUCAUGGACAGCCAUGGUCAAUACAGCGUCGAGACGCUUGUGUCGCUGACCUUUUGUAAAAACGUCUUUCACGGGAUGAUCUUCAGCUUCUUCUUCACCGACUGGCUGCUGCAGGAUGGCAGUCGCUGGGUCUUCAUGUGGCUGGGUGUCAUUCACUCCAUUGUAAUGCUGAGCGGGAUUCUCAUGUACAUUUUUGGUAAGAGGGGAAGGAUGUGGGUGGCCAAGAGGGACCGCGGUGAUGGGGUUGUUAUUCCCAGGCCCAGGGGGCACAGUUGAGACUUGAUUAUAAUAUCUUUUGCGUACACGAAGCAGAUGGAUGGGUAUAUACGUUAAUAGACACGCG